AUGACAUAAAACGCUGUUGAAUAAGAAGACAUCCAUCAUUAAGGAGUUAUAGGAGCUCCUGUUAUAAAUGGAGUCCAUACCAUCCACCUACCGAAAAACUCUAGUUUAGCUGCUAAAAUAUGGGCAACAAGAGAUAUGUUUUAUGAACAUCAUUGGGAAGUAAAAAAUACUCUUGUUGCAGGCUUAAAGGGGGGUCUUUUUGGACUUGGAGUUGCAGCAUACAUAUCUAUUUCAUAUAAAUCAAUUCCGUCGAUCGUUUUAAAGAAAAUGCUGAGAUAUAUUAACCUUAAUACUUUUGGACAUGCACAUUUAUUAAAAGAAUUAUAUCUUCCUUAUGGCCUUACUGGCUUUGGCAUAGGAUCAUUAUAUUAUACUUAUAACGCUAUUUUAAGACCUGGUCCUAGCUUGCCUUAUGAAAUCUUUUCAAAUGCAUUUUUUGGAUAAUUCCUUUUUGCUGUAUGUUUUAAUCCUGCUGCACAUCAUAUAGGAUUCAUUGGAGGAUUAUUUUUUGGAAUGGGUAAGUUUUAUUUUAUGAACUCAAAUAAUAGUGCUUGGAGAUCUACUAAUGGAUUUUAUAGUCAUAUUGGAGAUUUAAGUGAUGAAUAAAGAAGAAGAUAAUAAUAUUAAGAUUAUUUUGCUGGAAUGGUUGGCUAUAAUGAUAUUAGAGGAUAGAGUUUAAUUGAUCUUUGAAAAAA